AUGGACAGCUUCAUGGAGUCGCUGAACAGACUGAAGGACGCCCACGAGAGGGAAGUCCUGGGCCUGCAGAACAAGCUUCUAGUACUGAACUCAGAGCGGUACCGGGAUGCACAGAGAGUAGAGGAGCUCUUUGCCAAGAACCACCAGCUCCGGGAGCAGCAGAAGGCACUGAAGGAGAACCUUCGGGUGCUGGAGAACAGGCUGAGGGCUGGCUUGUGCGAUCGCUGCACAGUCACCCAGGAGCUGGCCAGAAAGAAGCAGCUGGAGCUGGAAAGUGCACACCUGCAGAGCCUGCAGCACCUCUGUGUCCUCACCAAUGAGAUGAAUGGGCUGAGGGAGGAAAACCAGACCCUGAAGGAAGAAGUGAAGAGGCUCCGGAGCCUGGGAGACAGGGCCGCACCUCAGGCCUGUGAGGGCACUUCAGAGACCUCAUCACCCAUGCCACUCCCCUCACCUGGUAACUGGAAGGGUGCCACAGAGAACCACCCAGGAGGCCCAGAGGAGGCUGAGGAAGAACAGCCAGGCCCAGAUAAGGUGCCAAGCCACAAGGCAUCUCCAGUGGCCAGAAUCUCCCCAGCUGCCAACCUGUCUGAGCCAAGGGCCCUGGACAUGAGCCCUCAGCGCAUCUCCAACCAGCUGCAUUCGACAGUAGCCGUGGUGCGGCCUGGCUCCCGGGCCUGCCCCCCGGACUGUGGCACUGCCAACGGAACACCCCCAGCGCCAUCCAACAGAAGCAGUGCACCCAGCCCAACAUAUGAACAGAGCCUCCCUGUGGACAGCUUCCUGCGGGCCUGCCGGCCAUCAGCCAUAGCCUAUGAGACCCUGAAACGCUCCCUUCAGACUGAUCGCCUAUGCCUCCUGAACCGCCACCUGUCUCUGCACCUGCAAAGCCCCCACAGCAGCCCCCUGGCUCCUGCUGUAGCUGCCAAUAACCCCCUGCCCCAGGGCCCAAAGACUAGGGAGGCAGAGGCAUGGGAGGAGCCUGGUACCUUUGUGGGCAUACAGGACCCACGACUGGAAGGAGCAUUGCAUCUGCUGCUGGUCCAGCAGCAGCUGCGAGCGCGGGCACGGGCAGGCAGCGCCAGGCUGAGGGUCCCAUCUGCACAAGAAGAUGAGCCAACUUCCCCACCAGCUGGCUCAGGUUUUGAGAGUGAGGCCCCCAGGACAGCUCUGAGCACAGAGACCCAGCCUGAUGGGUGGAGUCCUCAGUCCCCAGGCCAAGGUAGCCCCCCAAGGAAGGAGACACAUGUGACCACUAAGGACUGUUCCCCCGACAAGCCUCUGGACCUCUCUGACCGGGGACGGUGUCGAGACAUCCCCAAACUCACUUGCCAGCCUUUGCCACUCAGCACCACAGUUGUUCACACUCACAGCCCCCAGCUGCCCACCUUGUCCAGACCUAAGACUCAUAGCCCCCAUACUCCCAGCAAUGGCAGCCCACAGACUAGAGCUCAAGAGCCUGAAGAACACUCUCCUUCCAAGGAAACCUCACAUCCUCUCCCAGGUAUCCAUGCCAGCCUGACCUCUCCUGGAAGGACAGCAGAGGAGGCUGGAGGAAGGCCCCAGCCAGGAUCCCACCUGCAGAGGCCUGACUCUGAUGGGACCACAGAGCCCAGCAAGCUCAGGGCACAGAGACCAGAGUUGGAGCCACUGGAAGGGUCAGACACCAAGGUGGCCCUGACCUCUGAGGCAAGUGCAGAGCCAGGCAUGCCAGGACAGGGGCAUGCUGAGGACCACCACGAAGGCCCACAACAGAAGAGGAGGCGGACCUCAGAUCUUCAGGACAAAGCCCCCAAGAAGCCACCUCAAGGAAGGAAGAAACUGAAGGAGUCUCUGACACCAGCAGAUGGGAGUCCAAGGGACACAGAGGACUUCAGCCUCUCCCCAGUUAACAGCUGCCAGGAGUCCUAACCCACCAGACUAAGGGACAUUUGCCCAGAGGUGGCUUUCUGUCACAGACUAUUGCUUGCACCGGUCAAACCACCCAACCUGAAGAUAGCCUGGAACAGUCAGUGCACCCAGGCUCUUCCUACUUCUAGAGGGCUUGAUGAGGCUCAUCCACUCCCAGGUCUCUGGGCAGCUCCACCCCCUCCCAACCCUACCUGGAGGCAGGGCCGGGAAUAGGAGGAGCCUCAGUCCAGCCCCCACCUCCUGCUUUUUCUAGGCAACGCCCCACCUCCAAGUGCAAGUGGGGGUCAUCUACCCUGCAGACUUUUCCAGGCCAGGAAGGAAGCUUCGGGCAGCGGUCUCAGGCGCCCUCUUGUGGAGUCUGAGCAAAUGCAGCCAACAAAACGGAAAAGGGGAGACAAUGCCUGGUUAGACGUGACCUCCAAAGACCUCAGGGAAGAAUAUGCAUGAUAUUAUUAUAUGCAGCUGGCAGGGCUGAGGGCAACGGCAUGACCCCUUUAGGCAGGUGAUCGAGGAUUAAGUGGAUCCAAGUGCAGGAAGGCAGAGCCCUAUGUUCUGAAGAGCCCCUGCACACUGACAACCAGUGCUGGUGAGGUGGAUGUCUCAGUGUCUUUGAGCUUAAUCAGUCCUGAGCCACUGGAUCAUGUGGGCAUUGAAGAUAUUCCGGGACCUGUGUGUACGAAGUUUAAUAACUGCCACUCCCAGAACAAAGACAGGCACUGUGGGCAAAGGGGUAAAAGCACCAAGUCAGGGUCCAGUGUGGGGAGAGACAAGGAAGAGAGAAGGUGUCUUGGGGAGGCCAAGGAAGGUGGCAUCUAAAACUUCAGUUUGGAUUUUGAGGGAUGAAUAGGAGUACGCCAAGUAGGCAAAGGUCCUAGCAUGCUUUUUUGUUUAUUUUGUUUUGUUUGUUUGGUUUUUCUUUCUUUUUCUUUUUUCCUUUUUUUAGUUUUUCGAGACAGGGUUUCUUUAUGUAGCUUUGGAGCCUAUCUUGGCACUCGCUCUGUAGACCAGACUGGCCUCGAACUCACAGAGAUCCACCUACCUCUGCCUCCCAAGUGCUGGGAUUAAAGGCGUGCGCCACCACUGCUGGGGUCUAGCUUGCUUUUAUAAGUGUCUAGAGGUCAGAUUGAAGGCCAAGCAGAACUCACUUGACCAUAACUGAGUGAGGAAGGCCCGAGCUGACCAAGCCACAUAGAAGGGACUACAGCAUAAAAGGGUGCUGUAGAGUCAGAGUUUCGAUUGUGAGAGUCUGAAACCUCUGGAACUGGAGAAGCUGUUGCUGGGGCUAGGUAAGGCCUGGGCUUGAUGAAAGGGUACCAUUCUCUACUGGACAGACAGUGGCCCCUCUGCCUGCCACCUGAGAGGGCAGAGGGACUAAGUUCCAAGGGAUAUCCCAGGGGAAGGGUGUGCAUGUGUGCAUUCGUAGGUGUGUGUGUGUGUGUGUGUGUGUGUG